AUGGAGACACCGACACCACACAUCGGCUCGAGGGAUGCCAGUUUUGGCGACGCAGGAGACAAGCAGCCUCCUUACUUUGCGUCUGAGAUGGCUGCCCAAGGCGGUGCGGCCCGUGGUGAUGAUGGCUUGCAGGACAGUCUUGACGCUGGUGUAAGCGCAAAUGAUCGCAGAGAUAUGCAGCGGAUGGGCAAGACGCAGCAGUUUCGGAGAAACUUUCGAAUGGUGUCGACCAUCGGCUUUACCAUUUGUGUCACGGGCACUUGGAUCAUCUUGUUAACGUCAAACACGCAGGGCCUCAUAGCCGGAGGCAUGUCGGGCCUCUUUUGGUCUUUGUGUUGGUCUCAUGCUGGCCAGUUCUUCAUUGUCCUGUCUCUCGCUGAGCUGGCGUCCAUGGCUCCCACCGCGGGCGGCCAGUACCACUGGGUAUCGGAAUUCGCUCCUCGGCAACACCAGAAGCUUCUCAGCUACUUGUCAGGAUGGCUGUCGACUGUGUCUUGGCAGAGUAUCGUUGCGUUGGAUGCGUUCCUCAUUGGCUCCGUCAUUCAAGGACUCAUCACCCUCAAUGACGACUCGUAUUCUCCCACGAGAUGGCAGGGGACGUUGUUUGUAUUUGCUGCAGUCAUUGGCGUGUCGCUCUUCAACGUCUUUGCCGCCAAGCACCUGCCGCUGGCUGAGGGAUCCUUUGUCACCCUUUACAUCUUCUCCUUCUUUCCCGUCAUUAUAACUUUGCUUGUGCUGGCGCCCAAGCAGUCUGCCAGCGACGUCUUUACCAAGUUUACCGACAAUGGAGCAGGAUGGCCUUCCAUUUCGCUGACUGUCAUGGUGGGACAGGUGUCGUCCAUGUUUGUGGUUCUCGGAUCCGACUCGGUAGCGCACAUGGCCGAGGAAAUUAGGGACGCCAGCGUUGUCGUCCCGAGAAGCAUGGUCUGGUCAUUCAUACUGAACGUGCCCUUCACUUUUGGGCUUCUGAUCACGUACUUGUUCUGCAUAGGCGACGUCCAGGAAGCUCUGGAUUCCAAGACGGGCUUCCCCUUCAUCUACGUCUUUCAAAACGCCACGGGGUCUAUAGGCGCCACGACCGGUCUUACUAUUGUUGUGCUGGUGCUGCUCACCAUGAUCACCAUAAGUUCCCUCGCGUCGACAUCUCGGCAAACAUUUGCUUUUGCUCGAGACAAUGGCCUUCCAUUUGCCACAUGGCUCGGCGCUGUUCAUCCGUCAUGGCAUGUUCCCGUCAACUCCGUCUUCUUCACCUGCGCCUUCUCAAUGGCAUUUGCCCUCAUCAACAUUGGAUCAACGGUCGCGUUCAAUGCCAUGCUGUCGCUGUCAACUGUCGCCCUCAUGGCCACGUAUGUCGUCUCUGUCGGCUGCGUCACCCUGAAACGAAUUCGAGGAGAGCAGCUUCCGCGCUGCCGCUGGAGCCUCGGCCGCUAUGGUCUACCCAUCAACAUCGUCGCCUUGUUGUAUUCGUGCUGGUCAUUUUUCUGGAGCUUCUGGCCAAACAGCUAUGACGUCAAUGCUGAAAACUUUAACUGGGCAUGUGUCCUUUUUGUUGCCUUGAUGGGUUUGUCCUGCAUUCUCUACUAUGCCAAAGCGAGGCAUGUAUACGAAGGGCCGGUUGUCAUGGUUGAGGGACAUAAAGAGAGUUAG